AAUAAAAAAAGGCGCCAAUACAUGCUUACUUGCCUAUGCAUUGCCCCUUUUAAAAUGCAUGCUUUCUGGUGCAUGUCUCUUGUUUGUCUGGUCUUGCUGGUGCAUGCUUCUUUCCUGUGCAUGUUGUGCUUUUGCAACUAUGUGUUUUCCAUUGCGUGUUCCGCCUUCGAGUUCUUGGAGCUCCUGGGCAUCCGUAGAAAACUGCUCCUGUAGCUUUUCGUGCGCCCAGCUAUCACACUUCACUCACACACUCACUCAGAGCGAAGUUGCAAGCCGAGACAACAUGAGCGACACUGCCAAGGACACCGUGACUCCUAAAGAUAAGGAUGGGGCAGAGAAAAGAGGCCGUGGAAGACCAAGGAAACACCCACAGGAGCCGAGUGGAUCCCCCACACCGAAGAGACCGAGAGGAAGACCAAAGGGCAGCAAAAACAAGGCCGGCUCUACAGCACCCAAGGGCAAAAAAGCAGCUGCUGCGACAGCGUCUGCAGGGGGAAAGCGCAGAGGACGACCUAAGAAAGCAGAGAAAGAAGAGCAGCCAUCUAAGUCUUCUGAGGAAGAGGAAGAGGAGGAGGAAGAGGAGGAGAAGUAAUUUUAGUUUUUCAGCGCUACCUCAUAAUUUCAAUAUUGUAACUUCCCGUCAACCAGAGCUGGACUGAACCACCCCUCCCCCCUACCCCAGCAACAAACAAACAAACAAACAAACAAACAGCAAAACAAACCAGUGCCACUCUCCCCCCGCCAGCACCACCGCCUCCACCUCUACGCUCUGGUGCCCCCUGGUGACAGGGAGGCCUGCACACUACAUUGCAUUUUUUUUUUUUCUGUAACACCACUGGAAACAAAAACAAACAAAAAUGGACUUUCAGAAUACUGUAUGUGUGUAUGUACGUCUGUUCAUACAUGCAUGUGUGCGUGCUUGUAUGUAUAAAUGCUCCAUAUAUUUGGAUAUUUGGUUGCAAAUGUCUGUCAUUAUACUGGACAAAGAUAUGCUCUGAUAGUCGUCUUAAGUGUUGGACAGAAGCAAGUACAGGGCUUGUGACUUAUUUGCUUUUAAAAGAAGCAAAUUUCGCUUCAUUCUUUCUGAGGUUCACAUUGUGUACUGGACAAAGGUGAAUCAACC